CUUUGGUGUGAAAAUACUGAAACAAAUGCCGUAUAAAAGUAAGUCAAGGAAGAGAAGAGUUGAUAAGAUGCCAACCGAUGGUAGUAAUAACGGCACCGGCAAUACCGGGGCUACCAGUGGUGGCAACACUACCACCACCGGCGCCGGCAUACCCAUGGAUAACGUGGUCGUACGUGUUAAUAGCCACAGCAAACUGGCCACCACUGGGUCGGGCGCCAACUCGACCACACACUCGGGCUCCCCAUCGCCCACCGUUAUGGACGCCAAACCCAUCCCUUUCCGCGAGUUUGACCACUAUUAUCGGCUCCGGAGGGCCGACUCGGGCUUAAAAUUGGCCGAAGAGUACGAAGAGCUGAAGGACUGGAUGACCGCCAGGAAUAGGACCACAAAGAUAUCCCAGUUUACCAUCAAUAAGCCCAAGAAUCGUUUUGUGAAUAUACUA